UUAUCAUAGUUUUAUUAGUAAAAUGACAAGUAUUGUUCAAUCAGCACAACCUUUAUCUGAAGUAAAGAAACUUAAAACAUUUGAUUUGGCAACAAAUUUAGAAACUUCAAUUGUUGGAAAUCAAAAUACUAAAACUGAUGAUGAAGUUUAUGAUACUGCUUAUCUUACAGAAAAUGAUGGUUUAAUUGCUGUUGGUUCUAAUACAGAAAAUUUGUUAAUAUUAAACGUGAAGAAUGGGAAGAGGAAUUAUGCUAAAGGACAUUCUCAAAGCAUUUUAUGUGUCGAUUCUCCAAUUUGGAGCAAUUCCUUAUUAGCCUCUGGGUCGAAGGAUAAUUCAAUUAUUCUUUGGAAUGUUCAAAAAAAUGAAAAAGAAGAUUUAAUGGAAGUGGAUGAUGAAGAAAAUGAGGAGGGUGAAGAGAAUGGUAAAAAUAAUAUUUUGGUUAAACAAAUGGCUAUAGCUUCUGGACAUACACAUUCAGUUUCAAGUAUUUCAUUUUCCCAUUCAAACAAGCCACCAUUCCUUGUUAGUGUUUCUCAUGAUACUACACUAAAAUUGUGGCCUCUUGUUGAUUUAAUGGUUAAACAAGAAAAAUUGGAAGAAAAUGAAGAAAAUAAAUUACUUAAACUUUCUGCUUCAACAACAAUUGUUGCCCACACAAAAGAUAUAAAUAGUGUUGAUGUUAGCCAAAAUGAUAAACUUUGUGUUACUGCUUCAAUGGAUAAAACAGCAAAAUUGUGGCAUAUAAAUCUUAAAACUAUGGAAUUGGCAAAUGCUGGAAUAUUAAGUGGGCAUAAACGAGGAGUUUGGUGUGCAAGAUUUUCAAAGAAUUUACAGGUUUUUUUAUAUUUUUUUUGUCUAUUAUUGGGCGGGAGAGUAAGUAGGUUGGAUUUUUUGGUUUCUUGAGUUCGGGCCUGGGUUGGGAAAAAAAGACGGAUAGGGUUUGGAAAGGGUUCCGGAUCUGGUUUCGAGUUUUGGUCGAAUUUUUGAGCUUUUGUUGGUAGAGGAUGAAGCGAUGAGGAAAUUCAUAGGGACAUGUGUGUGUAGGAUUGGGUAAAGAGAUCAAGGUAGGGAAAUUGACAAGAAAUUAGUUUCGAAGAUUUUUUUAAUUUUUGAGGAGAGGAGUUAAAAUAGGUGUUUACACAAGGUUUGCAAGCAUUUAAGAAGAGUGGUGAUGUGAUGGAGGAUCAAUCCUCCAAUGGAGUUGUUAGGAUCGAUCGAUCUCCAUCGAUCCUCCAAUCCAAUGAAGUUAUUGAGGAAGGAAUUCGGAAUAUGUAG